GACCACAGUCUCUUCUCUGAGGCUGCGCACGCACAAUCCUGGGACACCCCUCCCCAGCCUUGGCGCGCGCAAUGAAGGCUUCAGACUGCGACUCACGCCCUCUCCUGCCUCGAUUUGGCAUCCUUCUAGGUAAUGGCCAUUAGUUGUACGAAACUCGAUUGUGUCUCGGGUCAGGGGCGGGGCUACGUCCCGGCCGUGUCCAAUGGGGCCUGGGGUCAGAGGUGAGGGGUGAAGGGGCGAAGACUGGAAAGUGCCGGCUCUGCCGCGCCUCGCGGUCGUCAUGGAGUCAGUCACUGCUGAGGAGCUGCCUGAAGAGGAGGAGGAGGAAGAGCAAGAGCAGUUGUUAAAACGGCAUCGGAAGGAGAAGAAGGAGCUGCAGGCCAAAAUUCAAAGUAUGAAAAAUGCUGUUCCCAAGAAUGACAAAAAGAGGAGGAAACAAUUGAUUGAAGAUGUUGCUAAAUUGGAAGGAGAAAUGGAACAGAGACACAGAGAAGAACUGGAGCAUUUGAAGCAGACUUCACAUGCAAAGAAUAAGAUAGACUCUGUUGUUGUUAACAUUGCAAGUUUGGAUAUUGAAAAUCAGCAGCCUCGGAUAUCAAAAGCACAGAAGAGGCGGGAGAAGAAAGCUGCAUUGGAGAAGGAAAGAGAAGAGAGGAUAGCAGAAGCUGAAAUUGAAAACUUAUCUGGAGCCCGGCAUCUAGAAAAUCAGAAACUUGCACACAUUUUGGCAGUUAGACAUUUAGAGAUUAAACAGAUUCCAUCAGAUGGCCACUGUAUGUAUCGAGCUAUUGAAGACCAGCUGAAGGAACAGGAAUGCCCCCUGACUGUAGCCACCUUAAGAAGUCAAACUGCUGAAUAUAUGCAAAACCAUGUAGAAGACUUCCUGCCAUUUUUAACGAAUCCUAAUACAGGAGAUAUAUAUACUACAGAGUUUGGAAAGUACUGUGAUGAUAUAGUAAACACAGCUGCAUGGGGAGGUCAGCUUGAGCUAAGGGCUCUGUCUCACAUUUUACAAACACCAAUAGAAGUAAUACAAGCAGAUUCUCCUCCAAUUGUAGUUGGUGAAGAAUAUUCAAACAAACCAUUAAUACUUGUAUAUAUGAGACAUGCCUAUGGCUUAGGAGAGCAUUAUAAUUCUGUGAAACAACUGAUGGACACAGCUACUGAAAAUGGUAGCUAAUUUAUACAGCUUGUACAAUUAUAUAUUGUUCUGUGCAGCACGACAGUCUGGGCAUUCAUAUCAACACCUGGAUUGUUCCAAAGGGAAUUGAAUCUGUUCUUUUUUCCUUCACCUCCUCUUUGUCCUCCUCUUCUCUUUUCUCUUCCUCUCACUCCUCCUUCUUCCUCUUUAUUUUCUUGCAAGGCUACUAAUGGAUUUUGAACAAAAAACAGUAAUAAACUCUAACUAGUCUCCACUUAGUGGCAUUUUUAAAACUUGUUUUGGUUGCAUCAUGCGAGAGCAACAUAGGCAGAGCAGGUUUAGGACAAAGCCUCCAAAUAUUGCUAUUUAUUAUAUCCUAAAAUAGAUUUCCUCUAACCUCUACUGGUAUACAUUUUAAAUGGUUGAGUAAUUAAAAAUUCCAUAGUAUUUAUGCAGGUGCAAAUCCACUUGGUUAAGAUAAGUGGAUGAGGCCAUCAAGGACACCUAACAAUUUAUGCCUAAAGUAUGACACUUGAUUUUUUUUAAUGUAUGUAAUUCCUGAGUUUUUUUUUCCUCCCCAAGUAAGCUUUUAGAUUUAUGCAUCUUAAUUCACUAGAUAUUUAUUGCUAUUUUUAAAAGUUUAGACUCUGGAAUUAAUACUAUACUUUUGUGAUUAUCUCAAAAACUUCAGAUUAUCCACAUGAUUUAUAUUGCUUUACCCUUUAAUGUUCAGCUGCUAUCACAGCUGACUCCCUAACUUCCUUCCUCCAUAACUCCUCAGUUUGGUUUGCUUUUUCUGCAAAAAAUACAGCUUCUUUUCCCCAUACUUGCUUGUAUCUCAUCAUUCUACCCAGUUGUUUCUCUAGGGAAAUAUUGACUGCUUCUUAGGUCUCAUGAUCAAAAUGUCUGAAUUCAACCAUGCUUACAUCCAUAUUUUCGUUUUGCCUUUUUUAAGCUUCCUGCUUUUCUUAGUCAUAGGGUUAAAAAAAAAAAAGCCCUAGUUAUUUGUUAACAUUUUACUGUAUUCUGUUAACUUUCCAUUAAUUGAACAUUUGAAAAUUGGUUAUAAUUCAGUUAUGGGUAAAAUGUAAUGUCAAUCGUUGGGAGCCCAAAACCAUAUUAAUAUACAAUAUGUUCAGGUGUAAAAGAUGGAUCUCUCUUUUCCCAGAGUGCAACAUGCAUAAGAGUAUCCAUACUUAGAUGGUUCUCCUAAGUCCUCUAUGUAAAUGCAUGUGAUUUGCUAUACUAAAAGGCAAGUGCAAAUAACUUUUGUUUUAUAUUUGUUUUUUUUGAAAAAUGAGUACAAAUAUAAUAUCAGCAUCAUGUUAAUAAUCUUUGUGUAUAUUUGCCCAAUAUACAGAACUUUUUUGUAGAUAAGUAAAGUUUAUAUGAUUUAAAUUAAAUGCUUUUUGGGUAAAAAAUAUACAAAAGAAUGGGAUUCUAAAGUAUUAAUGCUUUUGACCUAUUUUCUAAGUAAUCUCUAACUUUUAAGCAGUAAUAUUCUAUAAAUUUGAUAUUAUGAAACAUGACAGGCAAAGUAGGUUAUCCAAAUAGUGUUAAAAGCAGUUUUUCAUUUGGUAGCUAUCAUAUUUUUAUCAUGAACUGAAUGUCUUGUUCAUGAGAUUUUUAAAAAGACAUGAACAAGAAGAUUUCUAUUGGGAGUUUUUUUUUAAUAGAAUUUGUAUUCUUAUUCAACAUUACUUACCAUCAUUUAAGUAUUAACCUAAAAUCAAAGUUUAAAUAAUGACAGAUGUUAAGUGCAGCAUAUGCUAAUUUAGGUUUUUGUAUAAUAUAAAACCUGGUCUAAUAGGAGCUUCAUAGGGUUUCCUUUGUCCUUAACUUGGAGCAAAAAGGGAUAUGUCAGAGUUCUGGAAUAUGUCUUUGUCCAAGUAUUUUAUUGACUUUAUUAUGUUUACAACUUGUAUAAAGCAGAAGAAUGUGUUUAAUUAUUGUGAGCAAUAUAGUUUUGCUCAUUAUCUGAGGCUUGCCAAAAGAAUAAUAAAAGAUGAAUGAAUCAAAUAAAACUU